AUGAACACACCGGAGUUGACAGAUGAGGAACUCACAGAGGCCAUCAUGGAGUUUUGCAGAAAUCCCGAGUCAGCUAAAUCUAAGGGAUCGGCUCACGUGGCUAGUCUGGAGAAUUCUCCUGGGCCUGGGAGAAAGGAAUUACCAGAUAUUGCAGAAAAGAAUCCCUUGCCCCAGGAGACGAAUGAAACAAAGAAGGAACUGAAGACACUCCCACCAGGCCUCAAGUAUGCUUAUUUGGAAGAAAAUGAGGCAUUCCCAGUAAUAGUCAACAACGACUUGACCAAGGAGCAGGAGAAUGAAUUGUUGGAAGUCAUUAGACGAAACAAGAAAGCAAUAGGGUGGACUCUCUUAGAUUUAGUGGGAAUCAGCCCUGAUCUUUUUAUGCACCACAUCCGUCUAGAAGAAGGUGCAAAGGUGGUCACGAAUGAAAAGAAUGAGUUGGUGCCCACUAGGCUAGUGACGGGGUGGAGGAUGUGUAUCGACUACAGGAAGUUGAACGAGGCCACAAAAAAGGAUCAUUUUCCUCUACCUUUCAUUGAUCAGAUGUUAGAAAGAUUGGCUGGCAAACAGUAUUUUUGUUUCCUUGAUGGAUACAGUGGCUAUUUCCAGAUCUACGUUAACCCAGAGGACCAAGGGAAAACCACGUUCACGUGCCCCUUUGCCUUGAUCUAG